AUGUCUAAUGACAAGAAGCCCAAGCUGGGCCGUCUCCCCAAAGACGCCAAAAUCACCAAACGCCCUCUCAUGCGCCCCGCGCUCCCCUCACCCUACGCCGGCGCACAAUCGCAAAAGAUAGUCUACGUCUCCACCAAAAGCCCCUUCAUGUCCAUCGUCCAACGCGUCGAGAAACUCCUCCGCCUCUCCGACAAACGUCUCAUCCAAUCCGCAACGACCAUCGCUCAAGACCGACAAUACCGCAAGCGAAGACGAGGAGGUGGGGAUGGGGAUGACAUUGAAGCGAUCGCUGAGGUAGCGGAGGAGCAAAAGAGGAAUCACAAGCGGAGGAAGAUGGGUGCAGAAGGGGAAAGUGCGGUCGGGGAAAGUGCUGUCCGGGAGGAGGUUGUAGUGAAGGGGAGUGGAAAGGCGAUUCCCAGGGUCAUGGAGUUGGGAGUGUGGUUUCAGCAGAGGGCGGAGCAGUAUGCGGUCAGGAUUGUGACGGGGAGUACGAACUCGAUUGAUGAUGUGGAGUAUGAGAAGGAUGACGAGGAAGUGAAGACUGGUGCUGAGAGGGACGAGAUGGAUGUGGAUCAGGCUGUCAAUGCUGAGCCUGGUGGAGAGGCGGUGCAGAAGACAUUCGUCUCUGAGGCCAGGAUCCGCAAGGUCAGUGUUCUUGAGGUACACGUGAGCUUGCGGUGA